CAGCCUUCAGCCCUAGCUAGGAAACCAAUCGAACCAAGAUCCAAACAACCUAUCGACGACCAGCCGGCCGGCCGGCAGAGCGGAGAGAAGCUAGCUAGCUAGCUAAGCCAUGGCCGAGCUCGCAGCCGGCGCCGUUGGCUCGCUCCUAGGCGUCAUCCGCAACGAGAUGUCGUUGCUGGGCAGCGUCCGGGGCGACGUGCAGUUCAUCAAGGAGGAGAUGGAGAGCAUGAACAGCUUCCUGCUCCACCUGGCCAGGACGGCGCCCCCGGGCGGCGAGCACGACGAGCAGGUGCGCACCUGGAUGAACCGGGUGCGCAUGCUCGCGCAGGACUGCAACAACUGCCUCGACCUCUACCUGUACCGGGGCAACCCCGACAUCCACCGCGCCAGGGGCGGCGUCAGGCGCUACCUGUGGUGCUGGUGGGUCCCCUGGUUCCUGCAGAAGCUGGUCGGGCAGCACCGCGCGGCCGUCCAGCUGGGCCUGCUCAAGCUCCGGGCGCGUGACGUCGGCGAGCGGCGGCUGAGGUACGGCGUAGAGAUCCCCGGAAAGUCGUCGCCUCCUGUGGCUGGGGCAGCUGCUGCGACGCCACCGCCGCUGCCGUCGUCGUCGUCAUGGGAUUCAGUUCAGGCCGCUGCACCUGCCCCAGAUGGGUACGACGACGAAGAAGACGGCGAUCCUCAGCUCGCGGUGGCGGCUAUGGCCACCGCCGAUAGAAACGCCUUCAUUGAAGCUUGCACUCUGGUGGACUACUUUCAGGCCAAGCUGGUGGAGUGGGUUGAAUCACUUCAGAUAGACGCCAGCGAGACGUUUUCCAUCUCUGUUCUUGUACCGGAACGGGAACCACAACACAUGAUGGCGGACGCCAUCGCUCUUGCACAAGAAGCUCUGAUUUUUCCAUCCGCGGGUGGGUUCCUCGAUAACCUUGGCUACAACCGUGCUGUCUUGAUCGACAUCCCAGCAGUACACCUGGAUAUGUUGCCGCUAGGACCCAACGAGGCUCUAUACUACAUCCUGCGCCAGCUCAAACUCGAGUCUCAGUCCCAUCCGCAGGAUAAAUCAGGCCAAGGGGAGGAUGUCAAUGAUGGUCUUGAUUCCUGGCAAGUUUACUGCAGAAAACUGGGCAUCUACCAUGAAAAAAAGCUCAUGCUUCGUGAAAUCAAGGAGAAAAUAAAGGAAAUGAAGAUUGACGACAAGCUCGACAAGAUCAAGAGUGCUAUCCGCGAUCGACGUUCCAAGGGCGCCCACCUGCAGCAGCUGCUUCAGCUGGAGCUUCAGCAGAAGAAGGACGUGGAGCAGCUGGACUUGGAUUUACUUCUUCAUCUGCUCCUCCAAUCACAAUCAGCAUCGUCGGCUCAAGACCAACGGAAGGACGACGAAGGCAUGGAUAAAUUACCAGAAUGGGACGACAAGGUCAUCGCAAAAAUAGCCAGGAAGCUCAAGAAGCACAUGGAAGCCACCGGUGAAGAAGAAGCCAAGGAGCUUAAUAAAGAGCAGCAAACGGGAACAGAAGAAGAACAGGAAGGAAACAGACAAGUCGCGAGGCAGCAGCAGCACAUAGCCCCAAUUUGUCUCCCUGAAGAUCAAUAUAAACAGAUCCUGCUAGAAGUGUUCCCAAAGGCCGGCAGCAGCGAGCAGCAGAGGGACAGGCCGGCGGUGAAGCAGGAGGCUACAGAGGCGACGGCGCUGACUACAGUAGGGAAUCAUGCAGUAACAACAAGUGAACUUGGUCCGAACGGAAAAGCUGUUUUCGAGACUACAGUUGAUCAGAAGAUGGCCAAGAUCAAGCAGAAGCUGAAAGAGCGGCUGAAGAGCUACGCGCUAGCGACCAAGAUCAAGGAACACUUGAACUAUGUCUGCCCCCUGAUCAUCCUCAUAGUCAAUGAGAAGAUGGACGGAUCCACAUGGACCGAGACCAGAAACGCCUUGAGUCUGCUAGCCUGUGGCACCGAUGCAAUGAUCGUCACUACCACGAGGAGCGCCCAGUGGGCUAAGGAAUACUGUUACCCACAGCGGGAGCCUAUCGAGUAUUCCCUCGCCGGCCGCUACUACAGUACCGUGCUCCAGCUUGCAAGGUACCAGAAGGACGAAGACGGCGAUAAGCUCAGAACGAUUCAUAAGAUCUUGGAGGAGUGUGAGCCGGAUGAACUGUGCAUGAAAAUCUUCACUCGUGCUCUGUACGCUAAACCCAGCAGGAGCAACGAAGAGCUAACGAAGCUGCAUACCACCCUGCAGGAGGCUUCCAGAAAAUCCUCAGCCAGUAUUGCCAAGAAAAUGUUCAAGUUCUCUUACAAUGACCUGCCUAAAGAGUACAAGUCCUGCCUGCUGUACCUAGCUAUCUUUCCCCUUGGACACGAGAUCAGGCGGUCGACCUUGGUAGGGAGGUGGGUUGUAGAAGGGCUGAUAACCAAGGAGGAUUGGCCUAGCUCUGUGCGUGAGGCUAACCGGUGCUUUGAUGUUCUCAUCAGCCGGUGCCUUGUUUAUCCGGUUGAUACCAGCGCCACUGGAAAGGUCAAGAGCUGCAUGGCAGGUGCUCCAGUUCAUCAGAUCAUUACAAAGAUUGCAAGGAACCAGCACAUUUUGGAGACACGCCUGUCGCAUCACCUGGCCCGCUACUUCUCGAUUUUCAACGACCUUCGACUCCGCGGCUCUGAAACAAUCAGUACUUUCUUUCAAGAUCUGUCUAAAUCGUCUCAGGUGUCCCUGCUCAAGGUACUAGAUCUGGAAGGCUGUGGUUGCUUUGGUGGAAGGGACGAGCACUACUUCGUAGUCGUCUGCCGCAAGAUGCUGCUGCUCAAGUAUCUGAGCCUAAGGAGAACAAAUCUACAAAAGCUGCCCAGCGAAAUCAACAAUCUGCAUGAGCUGGAGGUACUGGAUCUACGGCAGACCAGCGUGCCUGCGUCUGCAACGAAACAUGUUCUGCUACACAAGCUGAAGCGCCUUUUGGGUGGCUCCACUAGUUCAGCUACGAGCUCCAGUGUCCUGAUCCCUCACAAGAUCGAGAAAAUGACAAACAUGGAGGUGCUUUCCAAUGUAAGGGCACUAGCUAGUCAUGACUUGACUGACAUUGGAAGGCUAUGCCAGCUAAGGAAGCUUGGUGUGGUUAUUGGCGACAAGGAAAACCACCUCAAGGAAUUGCUGCGAUCAAUCAGUGACCUGCAGGAGUCCCUCCAAUCUCUAUCGAUCACUCUUCCCACAACUGUAUGUGAGGGCACUCCUGCCAAAGAACUACCGGAUGGUAUUCAGUCCCUACUGAAGUACCCUCCUAAGCUUCUUGAGAGUCUAUCCAUCAGUGGAACGACGCAGAUGGGCCGUCUUCUUCCAUUGUUCAGUCAACACCGGGGUGGAGCUAAACUUGCCAAGGUGACCCUAAGUAACACCUGCCUGAACCAGGACGAUCUGAAGCUCCUCGCCGAUCUGCCCAGGCUACUGUGCAUCAAACUCCAACACGUUGAAUGCACCCCAAGCAUCCUCACCUUCAGUGUGGAGAAAUUCACAACUCUAAAGCACCUCUCUGUUGAGGGCUCCAACUUGACGGAGAUCACAUUUGAGUAUGGAGCAGUUUCUGAACUUGAGAAGAUCGUGCUGACUUCCACGAACAUAGGUUCUAUUUGUAGAUCAUGGAAUCUCGUCAAACUAGAUGAGGUCGAAUUGGACAAGAGCAGUAGCAGGCUGGUUCCAUCAUUCGACGCUCACAAGCUGACUCUUCGUGGCGCGUUGCUUGAGCAAGGUGAUCUAGAAACCAUGGCCAACUGCAGAAAUAUGCGCUCCUUAGUGCUCAAGUCCUGUGGCAUAAGCCAGAACAAGAUUACCUUCAAAAAAGAUGGGUUCCCGAAGCUAAACCUCCUUGCUGUUGACUGCCCUACCGUCACGGAUAUCGUCUUCACCGGGGGAUCUGCUCCUAAGCUGGAGAAGAUCAUCUGGUCCUCGCCCACCUCUCUCUCGGGCAUCCACGAGCUUCCCAGACUGAAGGAGGUCGAGUUCAGUGGCGAUACGUUCCCUGGCGCAGUGAAAGAAGCAAUUGAAAAACAUAGGAACAAUCCUACUCGUCGACAUAUUAAACCAGAAAUUCAAGUCCCAGCAGAAGAAGGCAAACGAGAGGACAGCAAUGGUGCCGCAAGGUUCUCUUUCUGCUGGAAGUAAUAUGCUUGACACCAGAGGACCCUCUCCUUCAAUCCCAUGGUGUGGUAACUAUCUAACUACGGUUUGUGUUUGUGCUUGUGUGGUUAUUUGCCAUCGGUUCUGAUUGCCUCUUAAUGCCCAUCUUCAUCUACGAAGUCCAUUGUUAUGUAUGUUUCUCCAAUGGUUGGACCCGUUUGGAUUUGUGUGGCUUUUCCUAUGCAUCUGGCCAUUGUAUGGCAUGCAUGGUUGGAAUAAGUGUGAAUGUGUGAUGUUUGCGCUCAUGGAUGUGUGCUGUGUUUACAGAAUGAUUUGUUAAUAAAAUACAAUGGAAUGUAUU